UUUUUGUAUCGAAGGAAUCAACAGCCGCCAUCUUGUCUCGGCUCGGAAUCAGGAUUUCGAUAGAGCACUAUUUUUUGUUUUUGGACGCGGGGCAUCCAAAUCGAGCUCUGACGACACCGUUCAGCGGAAAAUGACACCUUUAUAUCGCCGCGAAGGAAUUUUGGGCGAAAAAUCCUGGAUUUGAUCGGCGUUCGUCGGCCACGAAACCCUCGUAUAUCUGAUUUCCCCUUCAAGAGCGGCGCUUGCGUCCGUGUUUCGCUCCGAGCGGUUGUUGUUUACCGGACGCUUUUGGAGGAAAGACAGCGCCGAGGCGACUGUUUUGCAAAAAUAUAAAUUUUUUAUGCAACCGUGCAUUUUUACACGCAGCCAAACGAUCUUUGCACGGAAAAGAUUGACGUCAUGGAUCGCGUGUCGUUGCAACAUUAACGGCUCUCGCACGCGAGGACCCCUGCGGAUAUUUUAUUCGGGAUUUAACGUUGAAUUCGCGGAAAGGAGGCAUUUUCUCUCAGUAAUAUAACGAUGGUAAUGUGGGUGUUGGGUGUUGGAUUAUCAUGGGGUGAGUGGUGGUGGCGACGCGGGGCGCUGUUGCUGCUUUUUUGAGAGAAUCCUCCGCCGAGCCGCUCCACACUCCCCACGUCUUUCAAAAGUAAGGUAACAUCUGUUUUUUCGGACGAAAGGAUCCUUCACUUUGAGUCCCCUCCCCACCCCCACAACAUUAGUCCAGAAGCUGAGUCGCCAUGGCCGAGAAUGUGCUGGAAGGAGGCCCUCCGAGCGCGAAGCGAGCGAAGCUGACUGCACCUGCUCCAGACGCUCCAGAGUUGGGUUCACUUUCCUGGGAUGACCUGGAGAACGAUCUUCCAGAUGAGCUGAUACCUAAUGGAGACCUGGGGCUGAUGUCCAUGUCCUCUAAUGGCGGGGCUACAGGUACAGGUCAUAGCCCCAUGGUCCCCGACGCUGCUGCCAAGCACAAGCAGCUCUCCGAGCUCCUGCGUCCGGGAAGUAGUGCUGGGAUGAACUCGGCCAGUCCACAACCCGGCGGCAUCGGACCUCAGCUGGGCGGGCUUGGAAAGAGUCCCCUGGGCCAGGGCUCCCCUUCACACCCCUCUCAAACACAGAAACCAGGUGGCACUCUUGGGACGCAAGGCAAUAACGCUGGCUCAGCUGGCAUGGGACUCGGCACAGGAUUUAACCAGGCCAUGCUGAACAGUGGCAUGAUGGGACAGAAUGUGGGCGGACAGCAGGGUCAGGUGAUCAAUGGGACUCUGGGCUCUGUAGGUCGCGGUCGAGGAGCACCGGGGAUGCAGUACCAGGGUGUCGGCAUGCAGGUGGCACCUUCUGUAGGGGCGGGAGGAGCAGGGGGGGCGGCGGUACCUGGAGGAGCAGGGAGUGUCCUGGCAGAGACGCUCACACAGGGGGCGCAGCAGAUGGGCAUCAACACCCAGCAAGCCGGCAAUAUCAACAAGAUGGGCAUGGCAGGUGGCAACGGUCAGUUCGGUCAGUACCAGAGUGGAGGGCAACAAAUGGGCACGACUGGUGUGAACGCUCAGAAUAAAGGCGCCCUCCCCAACAGCCUGCCCCAGUUUCCAACUGACCUGAAGGCAGCGGCGGUCACCAGCGUGCCGAACAUGCCCCAGCAGCAGCAGGGGUCGGUGGGGAUGGUGGCAGGUCAGGGCGUGUCCACGGGACCCACGGCCGACCCAGAGAAGCGCAAGCUGAUCCAGCAGCAGCUGGUCCUGCUGCUCCACGCACACAAGUGCCAGCGGCGCGAGCAGGCCAACGGCGAGGUGCGGCCCUGUGCGCUGCCCCACUGCAGGACCAUGAAGAAUGUCCUCAACCACAUGACCCACUGCCAGGCCGGCAAAUCCUGCCAAGUGGCUCACUGUGCUUCAUCGAGGCAGAUCAUCUCGCACUGGAAGAACUGUACGAGGCACGACUGUCCCGUCUGCCUCCCGCUGAAGAACGCCAGUGACAAACGCAACCAGCAACCGAUGCUGAGUCCCCCCAACACUGGUCUGCAGAGCCCUAUCGGGACGGUCGGCACGGGCCAGCAGACGGCACCCUCUCUACCCAGCUCCACGCCCAUCGACCCCAGCUCCAUGCAGCGGGCGUACGCUGCCCUCGGCCUCCCCUACAGCAGCCAGACCCCCACACAGACCCAGUCCCCUGCACAGACCACUGCACAGACCCAGCACCAGCAGCCAAUGAGAACCAUCAACACGCUCGGGGGUGGUCAGAUGAACCCAAUCGGCGUACCGACAUCAGACCAGGCUAAGCUGCUCUCAGAUGGCACCAUGUCGUCAAACCUAAACCCUAACAAUCAGCUGAUGCCGGACGGCCCUCUGUUAGGCAGCAUGGGUAGUAACCUGCCCACAGCCGCCCCUCUGUCAGCCACCGGUGUGAGGAAAGCCUGGCACGAGCACGUCACACAGGACCUCCGCAACCACCUUGUACACAAACUGGUGCAGGCCAUCUUCCCUACGCCUGACCCUGCCGCCCUGAAGGACCGUCGCAUGGAGAACCUGGUGGCAUAUGCACGAAAAGUGGAAGGGGAUAUGUACGAGUCGGCUAAUAGCAGGGACGAGUACUAUCACUUUCUGGCAGAGAAGAUCUAUAAGAUCCAGAAAGAGCUGGAGGAGAAGAGAAGGUCCCGGUUACAGAAGCAGAUUAUUAACCAGACGCCCAUGACUGCAGCAGGACAGCAGCCACCGGCCCUCAACCAGCCUAAUGUCAUGGGACCUCAGCCACAGAACGGACCUGUGCCGAUGCCCAAUGUGCCAAAUCAGAUCAUCAAUCGCAUGCAGGUGUCUCAAGGGUUGAAUCCGUUCGGCACGAUGCCCAAUGUCCCGAUGUCUCAGGCUCCCAUGACAACCCGUGCCGCCUCUCCGAUAAACCAUCAACAGAUCAACAUGAACCAAGUCCCGACGAUGAAUAUGUCUCCCACGCGAAUGCCCCCCACGCAAAGCAUGCUGGGAGCUCACGGCGGGAACAUGGUGGCACAGACGGCCAACCAGACGCAGUUCAUGGCUCAAGCGCAGUUCCCCGCCAACACCAAUGCCAUGAACGUCAACAUGGGCCAGCCCAACACCCAGGCGGCCGUUUCACAGCAGCCGAACGCUAACCUCUCCCUGAAUGCACUUGGUCCCUUGGGCCGCCAGCUCGGCUGUCCCGCACCCCUCCAGGCUCCACUCCGCGCCACACCGCCUCCCAACGCCAUCGCCAGCACCACUAACCUGCCAGCAGCACUGCAGCCCAGUCAGGCCUCCACACCCGCCCCUGCUCAGGGCACCCCGCCUCACAUGCAGCCCCAGACGGAGCUGGCCCUCCCUGCCCAGCAGCACCCAGGAACACCGAGCGGUGACAAUCGUGUGCCCACCCCAGCCUCAGCAGCCAGUGCCGAGCUACACUCCCAGCAUGCCGUGCCUGACGCACCGCCCAGUGACACUAAAACAGAAGAGCAAGAAUACGACAUCGGCAUCAAAACAGAGCCCAAGAUGGAGAUGGAGGACAGCACAGGCUCCCUAUUGGUCAAAAAGGAGGAGCAGGAGGGGUUUGAGGCUAAGCAGGAGCCAAUGGAGACCGAGGACAAGAAGACAGACUUGAAGACGGAGACCAAAGAGGAAGAUGAAAGCCAGACAAACGGCACAACAUCCUCUUCACCGCCCCAGUCUCGCAGGAAAAUCUUUAAGCCUGAAGAGUUGCGGCAGGCAUUGAUGCCCACCCUGGAGUCUCUGUACAGACAGGAUCCGGAGUCUCUUCCCUUCCGGCAGCCAGUGGACCCCAUGCUUCUUGGCAUCCCUGACUACUUCGACAUCGUGAAGAACCCCAUAGACCUGUCCACUAUCAAGCGCAAGCUGGACACGGGUCAGUAUCAGGAGCCGUGGCAGUACGUGGAUGACAUGUGGUUGAUGUUCAACAACGCCUGGUUGUACAACAGGAAGACGUCGCGCGUGUACAAGUACUGCUCCAAACUGGCCGAGGUGUUCGAGCAGGAGAUCGACCCCGUCAUGCAGAGCCUCGGCUACUGCUGCGGGAGGAAGUACGAGUUUUCUCCUCAGACGCUGUGCUGUUACGGCAAGCAGCUGUGUACAAUACCCCGAGACGGCACUUAUUACAGUUAUCAGAACAGGUAUCAUUUCUGCGAGAAGUGCUUCAAUGAGAUUCAAGGAGACAGUGUGACGCUAGGAGAUGAUCCAGCUCAGCCCCAGACCAUGAUCUCUAAAGACCAGUUUGAAAGGAAGAAGAAUGACACGUUAGAUCCUGAGCCGUUUGUUGAAUGUAAAGACUGUGGGAGGAAGAUGCAUCAGAUCUGUGUCCUGCAUUAUGAGGUUAUCUGGCCUUCUGGUUUCAUCUGCGAUAACUGUUUGAAAAAGAAUGGGAAGACGAAAAAAGAGAACAAGUUUUCGGCAAAAAGGUUGCAGGGGACACGGUUAGGCGCGUACAUAGAGGAGCGGGUGAACAAGUACUUGAAGAGACAGAACCAUCCGGAAGCUGGAGAGGUGUUCGUGCGAGUCGUAGCCAGUUCAGACAAAACGGUGGAGGUCAAACCUGGCAUGAAGGCCAGGUUUGUAGACACAGGAGAGAUGCCCGAGAGCUUCCCCUACAGAACCAAAGCACUUUUCGCCUUUGAGGAGAUUGACGGAGUAGACGUGUGUUUUUUCGGCAUGCACGUGCAAGAGUACGGCUCUGAAAGCCCUUUCCCUAACACCAGACGGGUAUACAUAUCGUACCUCGAUAGUAUUCACUUCUUCAGACCUCGCAUGCUGAGAACAGCAGUCUAUCACGAAAUCCUCAUCGGCUAUUUGGAAUAUGUCAAGAAGCUCGGAUAUGUUACGGCACACAUCUGGGCGUGUCCACCUAGUGAAGGGGAUGACUAUAUCUUCCACUGUCACCCUGCCGACCAGAAAAUCCCAAAACCCAAGCGCCUGCAGGACUGGUACCGCAAAAUGCUGGACAAGGCAUUUGCUGAGCGGAUACUGCAUGACUACAAGGACAUAUUUAAGCAAGCAACUGAGGACCGUUUGACGAGUGCAAACGAGCUUCCAUAUUUUGAGGGUGAUUUUUGGCCUAAUGUGUUGGAGGAGAGCAUCAAGGAGUUGGAACAGGAGGAAGAGGAGAGGAAAAAAGAAGAAAACACGGCAGCUUGUGAAACGCCAGAGGGCACACCAGGGGAUAGUAAGAAUGCAAAGAAGAAGAACAACAAGAAAACAAAUAAGAAUAAAAGCAGCAUGAGCCGAGCUAGUAAAAAGAAACCUGGGAUGCCGAAUGUGGCCAGUGAUCUUUCUCAGAAACUCUAUGCCACACUGGAGAAGCACAAAGAGGUGUUUUUUAUAAUCCAUCUGCACUCUGGGCCCAUGGUCAACUCAUUACUACCCAUUGUUGACCCCGAUCCCCUUUUGACCUGCGACCUGAUGGACGGAAGGGAUGCCUUCUUGACGUUAGCACGGGAUAAGCACUGGGAGUUCAGCUCUUUGCGGCGCUGCAAAUGGAGCACCAUGUGCAUGCUGGUGGAAUUGCACAACCAGGGCCAGGACCGCUUUGUCUACACUUGCAACGAAUGUAAACACCAUGUCGAGACACGCUGGCACUGUACUGUCUGCGAGGACUUUGACUUGUGCAUUAGUUGCUACAACACUAAGGGCCAUGAGCACCAGAUGGUUAAGUGGGGUCUGGGUCUGGACGACGACAGCAGUCAAAGCGGCGAGGCCUCCAAGAGUCCACAGGAGAGUCGGCGUCUAAGCAUACAGCGUUGCAUCCAGUCUCUGGUGCAUGCCUGCCAGUGCCGCAAUGCCAACUGCUCUCUGCCGUCUUGCCAGAAGAUGAAGCGUGUGGUGCAGCACACCAAGGGCUGCAAACGCAAGACAAACGGUGGCUGUCCAGUGUGCAAGCAGCUCAUUGCGCUCUGCUGCUAUCAUGCCAAGCACUGUCAGGAGAACAAGUGCCCCGUCCCCUUCUGCCUCAACAUCAAGCAUAAACUGCGUCAGCAGCAGCUGCAGCACAGGGUCCAGCAGGCACAGAUGAUGCGAAGACGCAUGGCUACUAUGCAGGGGCGAGCCAUUCCUCAGAGCCUACCCUCGCCGCCUGCUUCAACAGCCCCCAGCACGCCCACCUCACAUCAGCAACCCAAAACCCCUCAAACGCCACAGCCGCUAUCCAACCAGCCAACGACCCCCAAUGCGGGUGUCAUGUCCCCGGCUUAUCCCAAUGCUCCCCGCAACGGACAACCCCCUCCUCAAGCUUCACAGGGCAAAUCAGGCCCACAGGCUUCCCCGCUACACCAGCAGCAGUCUCCGCUCCCGCAACCUCCCCAGCAGCAGCAGCCACCGGUACAACAGCCUCCUCAGCAACAGCCUCCACCUAUGGCAGUCAAAAUGGCACGGCACAUAGAGAUGGUCGCGCAGGCUCAGCACCAACAGAAUUAUCGCAUGACCAUGAAUGGCCUUCCCAUGAACCACCAGCAGCCACGCAUGCCAGGCCCGAUGCAACCGCCCAUGCAGCAUGUUGGGCCACGCGGGCAACAGGUCAUGCCGCAAAUCCCGCAAGGACAGUGGACUGGAGGCCCUCAGCCAGGCAUGCAAGCAGCUCAGCAGCAGGUCGCUCCGCCACAGGCCACACCGCAGACCAUGCCUAUGCAGAGGCCCACGAUGCCCCAGCAAGCUGUACAGCCACGCAUGAUGGUGCCCACGCAGGGCCCACGACCGCAAGCACCCCAGAGACCCGGAGCCAUCGCCCCCACUGCCUUGCAAGACCUGCUUCUCACCCUAAAGUCACCCAGCUCGCCCCAACAACAGCAGCAGGUGUUGAACAUCCUCAAAUCGAACCCGCAACUCAUGGCCGCCUUCAUCAAACAGAGGACUGCCAAGUACCACGCCAACCAGCCCCAGCAGCAACAAGCGCAACAAGGCAUGCAUGCAGCGCAGAACAUGGCAGCAAUGCAGGCGGUGCCGCGACCCGGCAUGCCCCCGCAGCAGCAAGCGCAGCAGCCCGCUCCACAGGGCAUGGCAGCACUUGGAGUGCAGGGGCAGCUCAUGAACCCUGCGCACGCCAACAACCCGCAGCUGCAGGAGUUAUACCGCCGUCAGCUUUUGCGACAGCAGCAGCAGCAGCAGGGAGUGAUGCCGCAGGCACAUGGCCAGUUCCCACAGGCACAAGGCACUGCUACCAACUACACGCAACUCCGCAUGCAGCAGCAGCAACAACAGUUGGCCAUGCAGGCAACCGGUGGACCCAUGGGACAGCUGCCUCCUAUGACCCAGAUGGGGCAGGGCGGGAUGGGAAUGGACAGUACAUCCAACCUUCUACACCAACGCAUACUCCAGCAGCAGCAGCAGGUCGUCCUCAAGCCUCCAAUGGGCUCGCCGGCGCAACCGAGUCCCAUGAGCCCACAAACUCACCUGCUUUCCGGCCAGCCACAAGGCGUGCACCUCCCCGGCCAACCCAUGGCUAAUGCACUCAGUAAUCAGGUGUGUUCGCCGGCCCCCGUACAGUCGCCCAGACCUCCUUCGCGGCAGCCACCUCCACAUUCCAGUCCUUCCCCGCAGGUUCAGCCACAGCCUUCGCCACAGCACACAGGAUCACCACACCCUGGUCUGACAACGCCCUUGCCCGGCUCCUUGGACCAGGCGCACCUGGGCACACCUGAGCAGAGUGCCAUGCUCCCGCAACUCAAUACGCUCAACCGCGGAGGGCUGCCCAGUGACUUAGGCAUGGUGGGAGACACAACGGGAGACACGCUGGAGAAAUUUGUGGAGGGAUUGUAGCGUUUACCGGGAGACUCCACCCACCACAGUCUCCCCGUUCCUCUAUUUUUGUGGCUCUGUUGGGUUUUCUCUAAUAUCCUCAAAAAAAUUUUGUACUGACAUUGUAAAAAGUUUGAAGAAAUGAAUGUUGUGGGGGGAAAAAAGAAAUUUAUGUCGACAAGGAAUGGGGAAUGUUGAUGUUUCCUAAAAAAAAAAAAAAAAAAAAAGACUGAUUGCUUCCUUUUAAGAGGGAUUUGAAAAUUGUUGUUUAAAAGAAAUAUAAAUCACAAAGAAUAUAUUUUUUGUUCAGUUAAGACCUUUGUGUGGUCAAUGUUUUGUUUUGGUUUUGGGGGAGGGCGGUCUGGUUUCAUGCCUUUUCUUUCUUUUUAAGAAAACUACGAAACUUCAUUAUAUUAUUCAUACCUUUUGUUUUAUACCCUAUCUAACUUUGCAGCAUUUUGGUUUUUAAGAUUGUAAAAUAAUUUGUCUGGGAGUUUGGGUCAGGGUUUCUCUGCUCUGUCUUUCAUCCUUCCUUGCGAUUGUACUCUAGUGUUGUAUUAUUUUUUCAGACAUGCAUUCGGAGGCGUUUCCUCCUUUUCUCAUUGUGAAGUUUGUAUGAGGACAACUGUUUAUUUGUAUUGAUAGGAACUGUGCAUACACAUGUAUGCAGACUCACACAGAAACAUAUGCAUCACUCAGACAAUAUAGCACCAAGAGGACAUGUACACAUUUACAACAUCUCACUGGCCUGGACCCAGAGGUUCUGUCUUGCAGAUGUAGAAUAUUGUUGCUUUUUGUCCUAAUUUUGUCAUACAGAUAUAUAAAUGUAAAGAGAGCUAGAGAGAAAGAGGGAGAGAGGGGCCCCUGAGCUGAGUGCGAGGGGAUGGGCGAUCGCUGGUUGACUGCUUGUUGGAAACAGAAUGGAUUCUGCUCUUGACCCUCUCACACAAACUUGAACAGGGGCUCUACUUUUCCCCUUUAUGUAAAUCAUGCAAAAUAUUAAGCAAAGUACUAUAAAUAUAAGGAAGAAAGAAUGGAAUCACUGUAUAAACUGGUUGGAAAAAAAACGUAUUUCUUACUUGUAUAUCAUAUUGUUAAAUAAACUGUGUGCAACAGAUCAAAA